UAUAUAAGCUGACUUUCCUCAUUUUCUUGUCACAAACUUCUUGGCAAAAAUUACUUUCAAUAACAUUAAAUAAGAUUUCGUAAUUCGUGUAAAAAACAAAAUUAGUCUAUGUAGCGAAGGGAGUAUAGUUUUGGAUUAGAUUAAUGUCGUGUUUAAUUGUAACUUCAUAUUAUAGUAAUAAAUUUUCUGUAAAUUUCUCUGAUGUCCAUAGCAAAAAAGCAUUCCUCAACAUCAAAGUUUUUUAAUUUAUCAUUGCCGAGUAUGAGUAUAUAAGAGUGUGUUGGUUUUUUUACCGUUUCUCAAAAAAAUUCUUCUCCCGGUUUAAAUCUAUAUAGUAACUUAGUAAUUUGAUUAUAAUUAUUAGUCCAUGUGAGAAUCGAUUUCGAAAUUAUGCAAUCAAAGCUCACAUAAUUACAAGAUAAAAUAAUGGAGCAACGAAAAUGAAAGGCAAGAAGUUGAUGGAAAAUUAUCCUAUUGUAAUCGCAGAGGUUAGCCAAACAAGCUCAAGGCAAUUGUUUUACUCGGGAAUAUCUGGAGUUACAUCUAACUUUUUUCUUGUUACUCAAAACGUGCUCGGGACUAAAAGCAUGGUUGUGACACUAACAUCUAACUUUUUUGUUGAGCCAUGAAAUGUUCAAAAUGUCAGCCCCUGGCUCAAGAGGAGCACUUCUACGAGUUAAUCAAAAGUUGAAUGAGAAAAAGAAAGAGAAAGUCUCGAAUUCCCGAGUGGACAUAUUCUAUUUUCAUAAUUCCCCUUGACAAAAUCUAACGCACUUUUACAUCUGUAAUUGACUAUUUUCUGACUAAUUCAACAACCCUAUUCUUAAACCUACUGUAUAUAAAUAUACAUAUAGAUUUUAAUAUACACACAAAAUAAUCUCUCUCUCUCUCUUGGAACCUUAAUUUGAGAAAACUUAUGUUGUUUCUCUUAUUCUGAUUCUUAUGUUUUUAUAUUAUCAUAGAAUUUCAGACUUUCCUUUAACUCUCUUUUUGCACAUAAAAAAAUGGUUUCUGAAAUUUUACUUAUUUUCUUGAAAAUUGGUGGCCGCGAGAAGAGUCUUCCGCCGUUCCUCCGCCGCCACCACCACCACCAUGGAAAGAGGCAGCAGCAGCAAGUCAAAGAUGUGCCAAAAGGGUGUUUGGCCGUAAAAGUUGGACAAGGAGAGAAUCAACAGAGAUUUGUAAUCCCAGUUAUUUACUUCAAUCAUCCACUGUUUAUUCAAUUGUUAAAAGAAGCUGAAGAAGAAUAUGGAUUUGAUCAAAAGGGCACAAUUACAAUUCCUUGUCAUGUCGAAGAAUUUCGGAAUAUUCAGGGAAUGAUUGAUAGAGAAAACCACCAUAGCCACCACCAUCAAGUCAGCCGUUUUAGGGCUUGAAUUUCAUCUACAAGCAUGUUUGGUCUAGCUUAAAAGUCAAAAAGGAGUUACAAAAAUAGUUUCUUUUUGAUUUAUCACUUGAUCUCGAGGAAAUAAGCAUACUUCUAUGGUAGUUUGGUGAGGAAAACAUGCCAUUAAUAGGGAUUAUUAAUGAUGAUGACGAUUAAUUUUGUUGCUUGAAGUUACACAAGUUUACUGUUUUGCUAGGAAAAAAUGGAUUGGUAAAAGAAAUUGUUGUUAA